CGCCAACAGACACAUAGAACAUGGUGUCUUCUUAUAAACAACUGAGGUAGGAUAUCAUAUAUGCUGUAACUGCUAUAUAACCUCAGUACCAAAACUUCACGUCCAUAUUAACACCUUACAAGAAGUACUACGUACAAGUUGAGAAGCCCUUCAACCUGGAGGUGGAAGCUUUUUCUUGGUUUUGGAAGCAAUUAUGAUGAGGUCCACCAUCGGCAGCCCAGAAGGUCUAAUGCUCCUACAGUUUCGCAUCCCAUGGCGACAGCUACUUUCAUCAUCUUGCUUGUUGGAAGAUGCGAGCAUUGUCCUGCAACUUGGUUUCUUGGGUGUCUUGCUGCUCCAAUUCGUAAUAUAUGUUGUAGAAUCAAAAUGCAGAGGCAGAAAAAAGAGUAUGGUUGGAGAAAAGUGUUCUGUGGGUGCAAAGGUUGGGCUUAGUUACAAGCUGACCCUUGUUUGCUCCAUUUUACUUCUCGGAGCUCAUUUCCUCGAGCUGCUGAUGCUACAGAGUAAUAAUUCGGCUCACUGUGCAUUGGAAGUGCCAAAUUAUGCCUCAGAGACGAUGCAAGUAAUUUCAUGGUCCAUUUCAUUAAUUCUGCUGUAUAAAAUACUAAGAGACAAACAAGUCAGGUUGCCUUGGAUCAUCAGGAUCUGGUGGAUAUCCAGCUUCUUGAUAUCUCUUGCAUCUGCGGCUAUCGAUGGAAAUUAUAUCAUAAUAAACCAUGAAAGCCUCAAAGUCCAAUCAUAUGCUGACGCCUUGAAUCUUCUUGCAUCUGCCUUCCUACUUGUCAUUUCAAUACGAGGCAGAACAGGCAUUGUGCUUGACAUCCCAAAUGGCAUCACUGCCCCACUUUUGAAUGGAAAAAGUGAAAAGCAUUUGGAAGGAAAACAAGAUUGUCCAUAUGGGAGAGCCACUCUUCUCCAACUGGUGACAUUUGCAUGGCUCAAUCCGCUCUUUGAGGUUGGGAUUAAGAAGCCACUUGAUCAGGAUGAAGUCCCAGAAGUUGAUUUCAGGGACUCGGCCCAUUACCUGUCUCGAUCCUUUGAUGAUUGCCUUGAACAUGUAAGGAAAAAAGAUGGAACAGCAAAUCCAUCUAUUUAUAAGGCAAUAUAUAUAUUUGCAUGGAAGAAAGCAGCAAUUAAUGCCCUUUUUGCAGUUAUAAGUGCAUCAUCAUCUUACGUUGGCCCCUAUCUCAUUGACGAUUUUGUAAAUUUCCUAACUGAGAAAAAGUUCAGGAGCUUAGGAAGUGGCUAUCUACUUGCAUUGGGUUUUCUGAGUGCAAAAAUGGUUGAAACAAUAGCGCAGAGGCAGUGGAUAUUUGGAGCUCGCCAACUAGGCCUUCGGUUAAGAGCAGCUCUGAUAUCUCAAAUAUACCAGAAGGGCAUAGUUCUAUCAAGUAAAUCACGUCAAAGCCACAGCAGUGGGGAGAUCAUUAACUAUAUGAGCGUUGAUGUCCAAAGAAUUACAGACUUCAUCUGGUACUUGAACACAAUUUGGAUGUUGCCUAUACAAAUUUCCUUGGCUAUCUUCGUUCUACACACAAAUCUGGGAUUGGGAUCACUUGUAGCUUUGGUUGUAACUCUGAUAAUAAUGUGUGGAAACAUACCACUGACUAGAAUCCUGAAGAGAUUCCAAACUAAAAUAAUGGAGUCAAAAGAUGAUAGGAUGAAAGCUACUUCAGAAGUUCUUCGCAACAUGAAGACAAUAAAACUUCAGGCAUGGGACAGUUAUUUCUUAGACAAACUAGAAAUUCUAAGGCAAACUGAGUACAAUUGGUUAUGGAAGUCAUUAAGAUUGCUGGCAUUAACAGCUUUCAUAUUCUGGGGAUCGCCAGCUUUUAUAUCUGUUAUGACUUUUGGUGGAUGUGUUUUAAUGGGAAUCCCUCUCACUGCAGGGCGAGUCUUAUCAGCAUUGGCAACAUUUCGCAUGCUCCAAGAUCCCAUAUUUAAUCUACCAGAUUUAUUGUCUGUAAUUGCUCAGGGAAAAGUUUCUGCAGAUAGAAUUGCUUCUUUCCUGCAGCAAGAUGAAGUUCAAUCAGAUGCAGUUUUGUACCAUUCUUGUAGUGAUACAGAAUUUUCAGUUGAGAUAGAUGGUGGAAAAUUCUGCUGGAAUACUGAAUCAGGAAGUGCAACACUUGAUGGAAUAAACUUAAGGGUAAAAAGAGGAAUGAAGGUGGCAAUAUGUGGCACUGUUGGAUCAGGAAAGUCCAGUUUGCUCUCAUGUGUACUUGGAGAGAUGUCAAAGCAGUCAGGGACGGUGAAGAUCAGUGGUACUAAGGCUUAUGUCCCUCAAUCCCCAUGGAUAUUGACAGGAGAUAUUAGAGAAAACAUUCUCUUUGGAAACCCAUAUGACAGUGACAAGUAUAAUAGAACAGUUGAAGCAUGUGCUCUUACCAAGGACUUAGAGCUUUUUUCUGCUGGCGACCUAACUGAGAUAGGAGAAAGAGGAAUAAACAUGAGUGGAGGCCAGAAGCAAAGAAUACAAAUUGCCCGUGCUGUCUACCAAGAUGCUGAUAUUUAUCUCCUCGACGACCCUUUCAGUGCUGUGGAUGCUCAUACAGGCACACAACUGUUCCAGGAUUGUUUGAUGGGAAUCCUCAAGGACAAGACUAUACUUUAUGUCACCCACCAAGUUGAGUUUCUUCCAGCUGCAGAUCUCAUUUUGGUGAUGCAAAAUGGAAGAAUUGCACAAGCUGGUUCAUUUGAAGAACUUCUAAAACACAAUGUUGGGUUUGAAGUCAUCGUUGGGGCCCACAAUGAAGCUCUAGAAUCAAUUCUGACAGUUGAAAGCUCUAGUAGAACUUUCAAUCAUGAAACUGAUGAUGGUGAAUCUAAUUCAGAACCUAAUCCAAAUGCAGAAUUUCCACACACGAAACAAGAUUCCGAGCACAAUCUAUGUGUUGAAAUAGCAGAAAAAGAAGGACGGUUGGUGCAGGAUGAAGAAAGAGAAAAGGGAAGUAUUGGGAAGGAAGUUUACUGGUCUUACUUGACCAUCGUGAAACGUGGUGCCUUUGUUCCAAUAAUUUUACUUGCUCAAUCAUCAUUCCAAGCAUUGCAGAUAGCCAGCAAUUAUUGGAUGGCAUGGGCCUGUCCUACUGGGAAUCAUGAACCAGUUGUUGGGAUGCACUUCAUACUAUUUGUUUAUGUACUUCUUGCCAUUGGAAGUUCACUGUGUGUGCUGAUCCGAGCCACAUUAUUGGCUAUAACAGGCCUUUUGACCUCAGAGAAGCUAUUCAGCAACAUGCUGCACAGCAUUAUUCGUGCUCCUAUGGCUUUCUUUGACUCAACUCCAACUGGAAGAAUUUUAAACAGGGCAUCAACAGAUCAAAGUGUCCUAGACUUGGAGUUGGCAAACAAAAUAGGCUGGUGUGCAUUCUCAAUUAUCCAGUUACUUGGAACCAUAGCAGUCAUGUCGCAGGUAGCAUGGGAAGUGUUUGCCCUCUUCAUUCCUGUCACAGCCAUCUGCAUAUGGUACCAGCGAUAUUACAUACCAACGGCAAGAGAAUUGGCACGUUUAGCUGGUAUACAGAGAGCUCCAAUCCUCCAUCACUUCGCUGAGUCACUAGCUGGAGCAGCAACAAUACGCGCUUUUGACCAAAAAUGUCGCUUCAUUGACUCAAACCUCUGUCUCAUCGACAACCAUUCAAGACCAUGGUUUCACAAUGUGUCAGCAAUGGAGUGGCUUUCUUUCAGACUGAAUCAGUUAUCCAACUUUGUGUUUGCCUUCUCACUCGUUUUGCUUGUGACUCUACCAGAUGGAAUCAUAGAUCCCAGCAUUGCCGGGCUGGCAGUAACAUAUGGCAUCAAUUUGAAUGUUCAGCAAGCUUCAGUUAUUUGGAAUAUAUGCAAUGCUGAUAACAAAAUGAUAUCAGUGGAAAGGAUUCUUCAGUAUUCGAACAUUGCCAGUGAAGCACCCUUAGUUAUUGAAGAUCACAGACCACCAGGAAAUUGGCCAGAUAUCGGAACAAUUCAAUUCACAAACUUAAAGAUCCGGUAUGCUGAGCAUCUACCAUCUGUAUUAAAGAGUAUAACCUGCACAUUUCCUGGGAAGAAGAAAGUUGGUGUUGUUGGAAGGACAGGAAGUGGUAAAUCAACUCUCAUUCAGGCCAUCUUUAGGAUUGUAGAGCCCAGUGAGGGAAGUAUCAUAAUUGAUGACGUGGACAUCACCAAAAUAGGGCUUCAUGACUUGAGAUCAAGGCUUAGCAUCAUCCCCCAAGAUCCUACAAUGUUCGAAGGAACAGUUAGAGGAAAUCUUGAUCCAUUAGACCAGUACUCUGACUAUGAAAUUUGGGAGGCUCUAGACAAAUGUCAGUUAGGUGAUUUGAUGCGGGGGAAGCCAGAGAAGCUAGAAACUACAGUGGUUGAAAAUGGGGAAAACUGGAGUGUCGGCCAGAGGCAAUUAUUCUGUCUUGGUAGAGCCUUGCUAAAGAAGAGCACAGUUCUUGUCUUAGAUGAAGCCACUGCAUCUGUUGAUUCUGCAACCGAUGGUACAAUACAAAAGAUCAUCAGUCAAGAAUUUAAAGAUCGAACAGUCGUUACUAUAGCUCACAGAAUCCACACAGUUAUAGAUAGUGAUCUUGUAUUGGUCCUCAGUGAUGGGCGGAUAGCCGAGUAUGACACACCAGCAAAGCUACUGGAAAGAGAGGAUUCUUUCUUCUCAAGAUUGAUAAGAGAGUACUCAAAAAGAUCACAGAGUUUUAGUAGCUUUUCCAAGAUUCAAAGCUAACUCUGAUCACAAGAUGCAGGAAAACCAAAUUGGAGGCAUCCUGACCACCAAGAUAUCAUAAUUACCAUGGUGUAAGUGAAGUCUUCUCAGAAGCAAAAGAAAGUUUGAACAAGUCAUAGCCACAAUGAAAGAUACAGUACGUGGCUGCAGCACCAAGAACUCCUUAAGCUACAUUAGACAAAGCAUUCUUGAUUUUAUCCUCGGGUUAAAAUAUGUUUUGCCUACAGAUUUUGGUUUAUGUCAGAAACCAUAAUAGAGAGAUCUCCACAAUGUAAUAGAGUCAUUCACAAAGUAUUCAUGCACCAUUUAUUCUGCGGAAAAAAAACUACUUUUGCAAUAACAUGAGUUGCAGUUCAUGAACAA